AUGGCCGAAGUGGCCGGCACCAUCUUUGGUGUCAUUUCUCUCUCCAUACAGCUGUUUGAUAAACUGAACACGUACACCAACAGUGUCAAAGAUGCGAGAACGAAGGCUGAACAAAUCACGGGCGAACUGGACACACUGGUGAACCUCCUUGAGAAUCUGGAGACUAUCAUCAGAAGACUGGACCCUACUUCAUCCACCACAUUGACUAGGAACAGCAUCCAAGAAUGCGCACGGGCUAUUGAGGUGAUCAGAUCGAGACUUGGAGACGUCCCGCCAGUCAAAGGCUCCGUCAGGUUCUGGACACGUUCUAGGAACGUCAUCAAACGACUGACAUAUCCCUUCAAAGAGAGCGAUAUCAGAUACUGGAAAGAUGUUCUGGCAAGCAUCCAACAGAGCCUGCAGACCGCUCUGCUCGCGUCGCAAACGUAA